AUGUUAAUGAGUUUAUAUUGAGGAUUACCUUGUUUUUUAUUUUUAAUAGGAAUUUUUGUUUUUGUUUCUAAUCGCAAACAUUUAUUAUCAAUGCUUUUAAGUUUGGAAUAUAUUGUAUUAAGUUUAUUUUUUCUUUUGUUUAUUUAUUUAAAUUUAAUAGACUAUAGAAGAUUUUUUAGUAUAAUAUUUUUAACUUUUAGAGUAUGUGAAGGUGCUUUGGGUCUUUCUAUUUUAGUUUCUAUAAUUCGUACACAUGGGAAUGAUUAUUUUCAGUCAUUUAAUGUAUUACAAUGUUAA